AUGGGACGUCGUCGAAUUCUUCCGGAACGUAUAAGCAACAAAAAGGCUAGAUAUGCUUCUUUCCAUAAGAGAAGAAUGUGUAUGGAAAAGAAGACAUUUGAAUUAUCUACUCUAUGUGGUGUUGAAGCUUGCAUGGUUGUUUAUGAUCUCACACAUGAUGAUGAUGAUCGGCAACCCUACAUUUGGCCUAAAGAUCCUGAUGCAAUUCGGCACAUGUUUACAUUGUACAAAAAACAACAUGAUGAAAAUCGUAAAAAGUGGACCCUUAAUUUGUCUCACUUCUUUAAAGAUGACCCCAAUAAGAAAAAGGAGGAGGGUGAUCAUCAUCAUCAAGGUACUACUUCUUUAGCAUUUGUAAAAGUUGAGGACAAGAAAAAUGAUGAUAAUGAGACCACAAAGUACCUUGCUUGGGAUGAUCAAUAUAACAACCUGUCCGAGGAACAAUUAAGAGACUUAAGUAUCAAAUUGAAAGAAAAGUUUGAAGCCGCCAAAACUAAGGUUCAAUUCUUGAAGGAUAGCUUUCUUGCUACACAAGAAAACAAUUCUAAUUAUUUUAUGCCAUCAAUGGAGCCUAUUACUGAUCAUGAGCAACAACCAAUUUCUUUCUUCAACCAGAUUGAUCAUCUUGACAUGCCAGCUCAUUACCCACCGUUGGGUCUGGAUCUCUCAAUGCCAAAUUCGACGAUGAUGAUGAAUGAUAUUGAAGAUUAUGACAUUAAUGGACUCGGUGAUAUAAUGGACGUAAACAAUGUGAUCAUGGAGCCUCAGAUGUGCUACUACGGUGAUUCCACCAUGGCAUUGGACAUGGAAUGCCAUGACAUGAUCUCAAGCAUAAAGCAGAGUUUUGAAGGACAUGAAUUUUCUGAUUUUGGUGAUGUAUUUUUUUGUUAGACAUUGUUAUCUACAAUUGUAUAUCAACAAUUGUAUGUUGUAGAUGGAAUUAUUAAAGACAAUUAAAUACAAAU